AUGGCUUCGGCUAUUCUUUCUGUGGCCAAACCAUCUCUUCAGGCAAAUGGAAAGGGAUUUGCAGAAUUCUCAGGUCUCCGCACCUCAUCAGCUUGUCUUCCUUUUGGAAGGAAGACCUCAGACGAUUUGUUUUCAGUCAUUUCCUUCCAGACCUCUGCUGUGAGUGGGAAGCAGCGGAGGAUACAAAAAGGGAUAGCGGAGGCGAAGCUAAAGGUGGCUAUAAAUGGAUUCGGAAGAAUUGGAAGGAACUUCUUGAGGUGCUGGCAUGGGCGCAAGGACUCCCCUCUUGAUGUCGUUGUCAUCAACGACACUGGAGGCGUGAAGCAGGCCUCCCACCUCCUCAAGUACGACUCUACACUUGGAAUCUUCGAUGCCGAUGUCAAGCCCGUUGGUGAUAAUGGAAUCUCCGUUGACGGCAAGGUCAUCAAGGUCGUGUCUAGCCGCAAUCCCCUAGACCUGCCUUGGAAGGACUUGGAGAUUGACCUAGUGAUAGAAGGCACUGGUGUGUUUGUGGAUAGGGAGGGUGCAGGCAAGCACCUACAGGCAGGGGCCAAGAAGGUGCUUAUCACUGCCCCAGGAAAGGGCGACAUCCCCACCUAUGUGGUCGGGGUCAAUGCUGACGCCUACAGCCCAGAUGAAACCAUCAUUAGCAAUGCUUCUUGCACCACCAACUGCCUUGCCCCCUUCGUCAAGGUCCUCGAUCAAAAGUUUGGCAUCAUCAAGGGCACCAUGACCACCACACACUCGUACACGGGUGACCAGAGGCUACUUGAUGCCAGCCACCGCGACCUAAGGCGUGCACGAGCUGCUGCUCUGAAUAUCGUUCCCACUUCAACAGGUGCAGCAAAGGCCGUGGCUCUAGUCCUUCCAAGUCUAAAGGGCAAGCUAAAUGGCAUUGCCCUGCGUGUGCCCACCCCAAAUGUGUCUGUGGUUGAUCUUGUUGUCCAAGUCACUAAGAAGACCUUUGCAGAAGAAGUGAAUGCUGCUUUCAGAGACAGUUCUGCAAAGGAGCUCGCAGGUAUCCUUUCUGUUUGUGAUGAGCCCCUUGUUUCUGUCGAUUUUCGGUGCACAGAUGUCUCCUCCACAGUUGACUCAUCAUUGACAAUGGUCAUGGGAGAUGACAUGGUCAAGGUCAUUGCUUGGUACGACAACGAGUGGGGUUACUCACAAAGGGUUGUUGAUUUGGCUGACAUCGUCGCCAACAACUGGAAGUGA